AUGGAGUCUGAGACAAUAUUCCUGCUAGGGGGCAACAGAAUAGGUGGGCCAGGUCUUGCCUUCAUCGAAGAAGCCCUCAGUUUUCCUAAGCCACCCCAUCUAGUGCUUUAUGUCCGCACUUCCUCGAACAGUUCACCCGUUAUUACCAAAAAUAUAAAUGUAUCCCUCGUCAAAGGAGAACUCACAGACCUUGACGCGCUCACAUCCGCCAUGAAAGACCAUUUCGUCACAACAGUCGUUUCUUUCCUCGGCGCAUACGUGUCUUUCUCCGCUAUGCUCAUCCGCCGCAUUGACACGCCAAUUGCAGGACUCGUUCCAACUCUUAUUCGCGCGAUUGAAGUCAACAGAGUCAAACGUUUACUUGCUCUGUCGACGUCCUCGUACUGGAUUGAAGAUCGAGACGUCGCAACGUGGACGAUGUCAAUGUAUAAGGCUCUGCCGAAGCUCUUUGCUCAGCGUGUCAGCGAAAGCAGCGCGGAUCUAGACUGGACUAUCUUUCGCAUUCCGCAUCUGACGGACGGUUCUGCGGAUCUUCCUGUUUGGGCUGAUUAUAUAGGACCGAGUCACAAAGGUGGGUUGAAGUUAUCUCGGCGAAGUCAGGCGUGUUGGGCGAUGAGAGAGAUCCAAGCUCGGGAAUGGGUUCGAAGAUCGCCGUUUUUGGCAAACUCUUGA